AUGGCUUUGGCGCGUUUCGCUUUGAAAAACUUGCACCGGAGGGUGCUUUCUCCAGCUUCUUUUUCUGCUGCUUCUGUGCUGGGGCAUGGUGUUAAUGAGAGGACUGUUGCUGAGAGCAGAGGCAGAGUUGGCAAUGAGAUUGUGAAGAGAUUUAGUACAGAAGCUAAUGAGAAGGUGUCUGGUGAGAAAUCAGAGAACAAAGAUGUUGCUGUUUCUCAAGGUAAAAGGUCUAGGUUGUUCCCUAGAAGGCAACGUAGGAGGGGACUUUGGAGGGACAGUGACAGAAACUUCGUUCCUGCCCUUUAUGAAUUCUUUCCCUCGGGCCUUGGAAAUGCACUGGUGCAAGCAACAGAGAACAUAAACAGGCUGCUUGACAACCUCAACAUAUCACCGUGGUCACUCACCGGGCGUGUCAAAGAGAAAAGUGACAGCUACAAACUGCAGUAUGAUGUGCCAGGGCUUGCGAAGGAGGAUGUGAAGAUCAUUGUUCAUGAUGGGUUUUUGGAAAUCAAAGGAGAGUACAAAGAAGAGGAGGAAGAAGGAUCGGAGGGUUGGAGAUAUGGCUACUAUGACACCACCCUCCAGCUGCCUGAUGAUGCCAAAGUUGAUGAUAUAAAGGCAGAGAUGAAGGAUGGGGUUCUGACCAUCACCAUUCCUAGAACUGAGAAGCCAAAGAAGGAUGUGAAGGAGGUGAACGUACAAUGA